AUGUAUGUUCCUUUUCGUUCCCUUUCCCCCCUAUACCCCAACCUUGCAACGUCACUCGUCUCUAGCUUCCCCGAUUUCCCGUCAUUUUCACCGCUCUCCCCUCAUCUUUCCGCUCUCCCCUCAUCAUCCCUGCUCUCCCCCCAUCUUCCCCUCUCUCUCUCCCCAUUUUCCCCUCUCUCCCCCCAUCUUCCUUUCUCUCCCCAUCUUACCCUCUCACCCCAUCUUCCGCUCUCUCCCCAUCAUCCCCUCUCCCCAUCUUACCCUCUCUCCCCCCAUCUUCCCCUCUCUCCCCAUCUUCUCCUCCCCCCCUCUUCCCCUCUCUCCCCAUCUUCCCCUCUCUCCCCCCAUCUUCCCCUCUCACCCCCAUCUUCCCCUCUCACACCCAUCUUAACCUCUCACCCCCAUCUUCCCCUCUCACCCCCAUCUUCCCCUCUCUCCUUUCCUCCCCCCCCUCUCUCCCCCUCCCCCCCGAGUCCCCCUUCAUAUCCCUGCCGCGCUCUCUUGUUCUCCCCUUCUGCACCUACCCUCAUCUCCGCUCCCCUCACCCCUCGUUCCCCCUCUCCCCCUCCUCCCCUCUUCCCCUUUUCUGACUCGACUCUCAUCUCCUCCCCUCACACAUACCUCAUCUUUCCCCUGCUCACGCCUCCUCUCCCUCCUCAUCCACCCCUCAACUCCCUCCCCUACCCUACCACCGCCCCCCCAUCACCCCUCAUCUCCCUCACCCCCCUCCCCCCCCCCCCGUCUCCUCCCCACAAUCUAUCCACCUUCCUCCCUCCUUGGCCCUCCCCUCAACUUUCCCCCGCUCGUCCCUCGUCUGUCCCCAUCCAUUCACUCCUCAUUCCCCUCCCCAUCUGUGACUGGUCAUGUGGUGAUUGGGAGGCCAUGUGGGCAAGAGGGGCUGCAGGGAGGCGAGGGGGAGACGGCAAGGAGGACUGGAAGGCCAGCAGGACGGAGAGCGGCUGGUACGGGGGGCAGAGGGGUGAGCAGAGCGCCUUCACAUAUUCACUCACAGCAUCUGCUGCUCUUUUGUGUGGCAUGACCAUGCGAUGGUGUGGCAUUGCAUCUGCAGAGCAAGGAUGA